AUGACCUUAUAUGCUAAGUUCCUCAAAGAACUCAUUAACAAGAAAAAAAGCUGGAAUGAAAAAGAAACAGUGAUCUUGACCCAAGAAUAUAGUGCAGUGAUUCAAAAGGGUCUCCCACCAAAACUCAAAGAUCCUGGGAGUUUCUUUUUGUCCUGCACUAUUGGUAACAUGUCCAUUGAUAAGGCACUGUGUGAUCUAGGAUUAAGUAUCAAUCCGAUGCCCCUGUCUAUAAUGAGAAGGUUGUCUAUAGAAGAAGUGAAGCCUACACGGAUGUCCUUGCAACUUGCUGAUAGAUCAAUGGUAAUCCCCAAUGGAGUAGUUGAAAAUCUCUUAGUCAAGGUGGAAAAGUUCAUAUUUCCAGCAGAUUUUGUAAUCCUGGAUCUAGAUGAAGAGGGAAGUGACUCUAUCAUACUAGAAAGACCUUUCUUGGCCACAACAAGGGCUAUUAUUGAUGUAGAGAAAGAAGAAAUGACCUUGCGGGCACAUGAUGAGCACAUAAUCUUGAAUGUCUUUAAGGAGAUGCAGCAUCUUGCGCAAAAGAAAGGUUGUAUGAGAAUUGAGGAAGAGGGUUUAAACUGGAAGGAAAAGCCCAAGGAAUCAUUCACCAACUCACCACUAGGGCAGAAGAAAGACAUUGAAGAAAAAUAA